GAGGGGGUGGGUGGGGGGUGAGAGUCCUGGUGAAACACGGCGGCUUUUACGAUGCUUCGCUUUGGAGCCUCCUCUGCCUUGUUAUGGGUAACUUGUCUGGCUCCGCUUCGCAUGGCAGAAGCCGCUGCCUGUGAACCCAUCCGGAUCCCCAUGUGCAAACCAAUGCCCUGGAACAUGACCAAGAUGCCGAACCACCUCCACCACAGCACCCAGGACAACGCCGUGCUGGCCAUCGAGCAGUACGAGGGGCUGGUGGGCAUUAACUGCAGCCCGGUGCUGCUGUUUUUCCUCUGUGCCAUGUAUGCGCCGAUCUGCACCAUCGACUUUCAACACGAGCCCAUCAAGCCCUGUAAGUCUGUGUGCGAGAGGGCGAGGGAUGGUUGUGAGCCCGUCAUGAGAAGGUACAACCACACCUGGCCAGAGAACCUGGCUUGCGAGGAGUUCCCCGUGUACGACCGGGGCGUGUGCAUUUCUCCCGAGGCCAUCGUGACAGCCGAUGCACCCGAAGCAGUUCCAGAUCUUUCCAUCCAUUCUUCCAUUAAUAACUGCAGGAACUUGGGAGGCGACAGCUGCAAGUGUCCAGCAGUAAAACUCACUCAGAAAGUUUACCUGAAGAAUAACUACAAUUACGUCAUUCGCGCCAAAGUGAAAGAAGUGAGGAAUAAAUGUCACGACGUUGCUACAACAGUGGAGGUGAAAGAUGUCCUGAAAUCGUCCCUGGUGAAUAUUCCGAAGGAAACGGUGACGCUUCACACGAGUUCGGCCUGCCUAUGUCCCGAAAUUAAAACCAACGAGGAGUAUGUUAUUAUGGGCUACGAGGAUGAAGAGAGGGCGAGGUUACUGUUGGUGGAGGGCUCCAUAGCUGUGAAGUGGAAAGAUCGACUCGGGAAGAGAAUCAAGAACUGGGACCAGAAGCUCCGCCAGAAUAGGAGAAGGGGCCGAAGCGGCCAGCCAAACGGAGAAAAGCGUCUACAAGCCAGAGACACAGCAGUCGCAUCGAAACAGAGGAACAGAAGCAGGAAUGCAAAGCCAGCACUGUUAUAAGAAAGAAAGCAGCAUCGAAUUCGUGCACUGUCCUCGUUUGUGAAGACUGCCUCAGAAUACGCUGGAGAGUGAAUUUGACGAGCUGCUAUUAAUCAGAUGGUACACAUUUAUUGUGUUUCUAGGUUACGCAACCCUGAGACUGUGGUCACAUAUUUCAUUUGAAAGAAUGUCUGAACAGGGAUCUGGAGUGUGUAAGGAUCAGAAUGUUCUGGUAUAGUUGUCUCAAGGCCAAGAUUGUAUAGCCCCCCCCCAAACAGAAUUGUUGCAUGUCAGAUCUGAUGAUGCCAUACAACUUGCUCAGUUAAGGCCAUAUUGUGAGCUAAGAAGCAAAUGGGCACGACCAACAGCACUUGUAAAGCAAACACUGGAUAUAAACAUACCAAUGUUAUUUGGUCGCUUGUUUAAUCAGCCUUAUCCAAUUAUAUCUACAAAUAGUAACAGAGAAAAUGUACGAACUGCAAGAUGAUUGUGUGAUAGAAAGAUAAGGAGCAAUGCUUGCAUUAAAUUAGUUUGAAAAUGUUAUGUUUUAUGAACUAUUAAAUAAAUAAUUCUUUGAAAAUCA